CGUUGUGACGUCGCGCGCCCCCCCCCCUCUGGAGUCUGUGGUGGCUGGAGCUGCCCUGCGUGUGCGAGUGCGAGUGUGGGAGCGUGGGAGCGAGCGCGCGCGUGUAUGUAUGUCUGUACGUGGGUCUCCGGGCGUGCGCGCGCGCGCGUGUGUGGAACUCGGUCUCCCCGGUGGGGCCGGAGCGGGCCGCGGCGACGGGGGAUCUGAAGGGAUCUGUCGAAGAAGAGGGAUCCCAAAGGACCUACAGAGAACCAGGAGUUUCUGACCGGCUUCUGUGCCGCCCUAUUUCCCCCUCCUAGUGUGAAAAUUGGUGUCGUGGUGCUGCCUACGUGCUAACCCUGCUCCCCUCCUUGGAAACAUGUGAGGGGUGCCCCUUUCCCUGUACUUUUCCUAACCCCUCCGUGGGUGUGUGUCGUGCUGAGGCCAAGGCGCUGGCCAUCAUGAUGUUCCGGGAUCAGGUGGGCAUCCUGGCCGGCUGGUUCAAAGGCUGGAACGAAUGUGAGCAGACGGUCGCCCUGCUCUCCCUCCUCAAGCGCAUCUCUCGCACCCAAGCCCGCUUCCUGCAGCUGUGCCUGGAGCACUCGCUGGCCGACUGCACAGAGAUCCACGUUCUGGAGUCUGAAGCUAACAGCGCAGCUGUCAUCAACCAAUGGCACCAAGCGCCCAAAGACAAAGUGGUCUCCCUGCUCCUCUCCCACCUGCCCCUCCUCCAGCCCGGCAACGCAGACGCCAAGUCCGAGUACAUGAAGCUUUUGCAGAAGGUGCUGGCCUACUCCAUCGAGAGCAACCUCUUCAUCGAAGAGAGCCGGCAGCUGCUGUCCUACGCCCUCAUUCAUCCGGCCACCACCCUGGACGACCGCAGCUCCCUGGCCCUGUGGCUCAACCAUCUCGAAGAGCGCCUUUCCAGCGGCUACCCCAGCCAGGGCAGGGCGCGGCCGGACACGGCCUACCACUCGCGCCAAGGCUCCGAUGACUGGCAAGGUCCGGGGGAGACGGGCCUCGGAGACCUGGGCCACGGCUGGCAGGAGAAGGCGCCGCGGGAAAACGGGCACAUGUCCUUCCACCCCGCUGGCUCGGUGUCCUCGGGCAUCAAUAGUAUUGGGAGCAGCACAGGCCUCGCAGCUCUUCCUUGCCAAAUCCACCCCAGCCCGCUGAAGCGCUCCAUGUCGCUCAUCCCCACGGGACAGCAGAUGCCCAGCGAGUGGAUGAACGUGGACGAGAUGGGGGCCCGGCCGGCCUUCAUCUCCGGCGGGGAGCACGCACCCCUCUCGCCCCAGAGCAGCGUGGCUUCCUCAGGGAGCGAGCAGACGGAGGAGCACCCGGGCAGCCGGAACACCUUUCAAGAGGACGGCAGCGGCAUGAAAGAUGUCCCCUCGUGGCUGAAGAGCCUCCGUCUCCACAAAUACGCAGCCCUUUUCUCCCAAAUGACUUACGAAGAGAUGAUGACUCUCACCGAGCAGCACCUGGAAUCGCAGAAUGUGACCAAAGGAGCGAGGCACAAAAUUGCUUUAAGUAUCCAAAAGUUGCGUGAAAGGCAGAGUGUCCUGAAGUCUUUGGAGAAGGACAUCUUGGAAGGGGGGAACUUGUGGAAUGCGCUCCAGGAACUGCAGCAGAUCAUCACCACGCCCAUCAAGGCCUUCCACGCUCUGCACGCUGUGGCCGCGUCCAAGGAGGCCCAGCCCCUGGCAGCCGAGCCGAGGGGAGGCCCCACGCUGGGCCUGGAGAAGAGCAGCAACGAGGAGAAGGAGGCCACCGAGGACCCCUUCCCGCCCCCCACAGGCUCUCCGUGUGACGGAGAAUCCGGGGCGGCACCGAUCGCCGAAGGGGACAUUGCAGGCCAAUUCACUCGCGUGAUGGGUAAAGUGUGUACGCAACUGCUUGUCUCCCGGCCAGACGAGGAGAACAUCACCAGUUACCUCCAACUGAUAGAGAAGUGCUUGAUGCACGAGGCCUUCACCGAGACCCAGAAAAAGCGCCUCUUGUCCUGGAAGCAGCAGGUCCUGAAGUUGCUCCGUACCUUCCCGAGGAAGGCCGUGCUGGACAUGCAGGGCUAUCGCCCCCAGAAAGGGUGGGCCUUUGGCUCCAACUCUCUCCCCAUAGCUGGAUCUGUGGGGGUGGGGGUGGCCCGCCGAGGACAGAGGCAGUUCCAGAUGCCCCCCCGUGCCCUCCCCCCGAGCCGCAUGGGGAUCCUGAGUCCCGUGGGGAUCGGCGGAGUGUCUCCACGGCACGGACUGACCAGCCCGAAUCUGGGGAGCCAAGGUCGGCAGAGCCUCUGGUUUGCCAACCCGGGGGGCAGCAACAGCAUGCCUGGCCAGAACCGCAGCUCGGUCCAGCGGACCCACUCGCUGCCCGUCCACACCUCCCCUCAGGCCAUCCUCAUGUUCCCGCAGGAUUGCCAGCUGCCUGGAACGGAUCUGGAGAUCAACCCCACCUUGGAGUCCCUGUGCCUGAGCAUGACGGAGCACGCGCUGGGCGAUGGCACGGACAAGACCUCAACCAUCUGAGCAAGCUGGAUCUGCGGGCAUCAUCCUGAGAAGCUUUAGGAUGGCUGUUUAUUUUUUCUCCUCCCAAUUCCUUUCCGUUUUUUUUUUGUUUUGUUUCAAGCCCCUCCCCCAGGGGUAUGUCACUACGGGGGUAGGUGAAUAAUUUUUUUGUUUUCCUCCGACCCCCUUCCUCCUCCUCCAACCCCCCCCCCCCC